AUGGAGAAGGAAUUGAGCGAGAUCGCGAAGAUGUUGGCGGUAAUCCAAUCCACCCUCGACCGCAACACCUCCGCAGUGGAAGCUCUCACUGAUUGGAGACCGCAGGUUGAUUCCAAGGUGAACGAUCUGCAAGCAUCUGUGGAGGACCUCCGCAUCAAGGUGGAUCUAUGUGAAGGCAUGGUGAAGGAAGGUGUUCAGCAGAAAGGAGAGCCGUCGGCCACCGCUCAUCAGGUGGCUACCUCACCUGAGGCGACGCUCGGGCCCCAUGGCCACUGCUUCGACUACUCUCACCGGGACGUGGGUCGAGGGGUUGUCACCACCCUGAUACCCACCCCGGUCAUAGGUGCUAAGCAAUUUCGCAACACCUCUCCUUUACAUUUUGGAUUGAUGGACUCUGCAAAACGCACUAAAUUUACUACAGCCAGUUGCCUUGGUUCUGUCUUGCCUAGGCUAGAAUUUCCCCGAUUUGAUGGCUUGAACCCUAAGAUUUGGAUUAGAAAGUGUGAAACCUACUUUGAUCUGUAUGAGGUCCCAGAACCCUUGUGGGUCAGGUUAGCCACAAUGCAUUUAGAUGGUACUGCUGCAUUCUGGUUUCAAUCAGUAGAUAUUCAGGUUGCUGGCCUAAAUUGGAAGGAUUUUUGUCAUGCUGUGUGUAUUAGGUUUGAGCGUGAUCAUUACAAUCAACUGAUUCGUCAAUUUUUUCACAUCAAACAAUUGGGCUCAGUUGUAGAGUACAUAGAGAAAUUUGAUGAGUUAGUUCAUCAGUUGUUAGCUCAUGAUGCUAGUCUUAGCACUGCAGUGAUUACAAAUAGAUUUAUAGAUGGACUCAAGGAAGAAGUUAGAGCUGUAGUACUUAUACAGAGGCCCCAUGACUUGGAUACUGCUAGUUCUGUUGCACUUUUGCAGGAGGAGAUCCUUUCAGGGUCCACAAGGAGAGACAUGAGGAAAAAUGAUGGAAAUAUUUUCAUAAGGGGUCUUAACAGAAGCUCAGCUGCCCCUUUAUCUAAGUCCUCCCAGCAGAAUAUUAUUGAAGAGAAGAAGAUGAUGGAAAAUCCUAAAAACAGAAUAGAGGAUGAGAAGUUGUCUGCUCUCAAAUCUUAUAGGAAGGCUAAAGGAUUAUGCUUCAAAUGUGGUGCUAAAUGGGGACCUCAGCAUGUAUGUACUCCAACAGUUCCACUACAUGUUGUUGAGGAAUUAUGGCAACUCAUUGCUGAACCUAGCCAGCAAAAUCUUGAAGCUACCACCACUGGAGAAUCUGAUUCUGGUGAGGAUUUGAUGGCAGUCUCAGCUCAGGCUCUUUCUGGAACUGAGUCUAGAAGGACCAUGAAGCUACUUGGUUUAAUACACAAUCAUGAAGUAGUCAUGUUAAUUGACUCGGGUAGCUCUAACAGCUUUGUCAGUGAGUCAUUGGCAGUCAAGAUUAAGGGCUGGAAUGAGUUAAGUACUCCCUUGAGAGUGAAGGUGGCCAAUGGGGGUGUGGUCCUUUGCACUCAUGAAAUUCCUGAUUGUGAAUGGUGGGUUCAAGGUUACCCUUUCUCUUCCUCUUUGAAGGUUUUUCCUCUUCAGUGCUAUGACAUCAUUCUUGGAAUGGAUUGGUUAGAACGGCAUAGCCCCAUGAACAUAGACUGGGUUGCUAAAUGGAUUUCUUUCAAUCACAAAGGAACUGACAUCAAAUUGCAAGGAAUUUCAGCUUCUUCACUGCAUUGUCAUUCAAUUGAUGAUCAUACCUUGUUGAAGCUUGAGAGGAAUGAUGAUAUAUGGUGUGUUGUCCAGCUAUAUUCAGUGUUAAGCAUAGCAGUCCAAGAAGAGCUAUCUGCUGAAAUCAGGACAUUAGUAGAGAAAUUUGCUGAGAUAUUUGAAGAACCUACUGGAUUACCACCAAAAAGGUCCUUUGAACAUACUAUCCCUCUUCUUCCUGGUGCUCAACCAUUUAAAUUGAGGCCCUACAGAUACAAUCCUGCUCAGAAAGAUGAAAUCGAGAAACAAAUCAAAGAUCUACUCCAAAAUGGUAUGAUUCAGACAAGCUCAAGCCCCUUUGCUUCUCCUGCCCUACUAGUUAAAAAGAAGGGAGGAGAUUGGAGGUUAUGUGUUGACUACCGAAGACUUAAUGCUCUUACUGUUAAAAACAAGUACCCUCUUCCCAUAAUAGAUGAAUUAUUGGAUGAGCUGGCUGGUGCUAAAUGGUUCACUUCACUAGAUUUGAGGGCUGGUUUUCAUCAGAUUUUGAUAGCCGCUGAGGAUCAGUACAAGACUUCAUUCUUAACUCAUAAUGGCCAAUACCAAUACAAGGUCAUGCCUUAUGGCUUAACCGGAGCCCCAGGAACUUUUCAAAGUGUUAUGAAUGCAGCAUUGGCUCCAUUACUUAGGAAGAGUGUAAUUGUUUUCAUGGAUGAUAUACUCAUAUAUAGUAAGGACUGGAAGGCUCACUUGAACCAUAUUCAGCAAGUAUUUGAAGUCCUAAGAGAGCAGCAAUUCAAGGUCAAGUUGUCCAAAUGUGCCUUUGGUCAGCAGUUGAGCUAUUUGGGACAUGUCAUUAGUGCUGAAGGGGUUGCAACAGAUCCUACCAAAAUUGAGAGUAUCCAACAAUGGCCAACCCCUACUAAUGUCAAAGAAUUAGGAAGCUUCCUGGGUUUAGCUGGGUAUUACAGGAAGUUUGUCAAGAAUUUUGGCCUCAUUAGCAAACCUUUAACUAACUUAUUAAGGAAGGGGGAAAUUUUUGUGUGGACUUCAUGUGCUCAAGAAGCUUUUCAGGCAUUAAAGCAGGCCCUUAUCUCUGCCCCAGUAUUGGUGCUGCCUGACUUUAGUCAACCAUUCUCCAUUGAAACAGAUGCAUCUUACAAAGGGCUUGGAGCAGUACUACAACAAAAUGGUCAUCCUGUGGCAUUUAUUAGCAAAACACUUGGACCCAGGAAUCAAGGACUCUCCACUUAUGAGAAGGAAUGCCUUGCAAUACUGUUUGCAGUUGAUCACUGGAGAUCUUAUCUGCAGCAAACUGAAUUUAUCAUUUAUACAGAUCAUAAAAGCUUAAUGCAUCUUGAUGAUCAAAGGCUUGCUACUCCCUGGCAACAUAAGGCAUUAACCAAACUCAUGGGUUUGCAGUAUAGAAUCUGUUACAAAAAGGGGAAGGAUAAUCGAGUAGCUGAUGAAUUAUCAAGGCUCAACCAUCAGCAAAACUCUGAAUGUUUGAUGAUCUCCUCGGCUCAGCCAUUCUGGUUGUCUGAAGUAGUACAAGGUUACCACCAAGAUCCCAAGGCUACCCAACUCCUCACCGAGUUGUCUAUCAAUUCUUCUCAAGGCAAUUUCAAACUUCUUAAUGGAGUUAUUAGAUAUAAGGGAAGGAUAUGGGUUGGUAACAACACAUCUGUCCAGCAGAGAAUUAUCCAAGCCCUUCAUACCAGUGCAGUGGGUGGUCAUUCAGGAUUUUUGGCAACAUAUCAAAGGAUCAAAUCUCUCUUUGCUUGGAGUCAUAUGCAAAAGAUGAUCAAAGCUUUUGUUGAACAGUGUGCAGUCUGCCAACAAGCUAAAAGUGAGAGAGUUGCUUAUCCAGGUUUACUUCAACCUCUCCCUGUUCCAGACAAGGCAUGGCAAGUUUUGUAUGGACAGGAGCCAAGGCAUAUGGGCAUCGACCGAAUUGAAGCUUGUUCUAUUCCAGAUUUACACCUUUGGCUCAAGGAACGUCAACUGAUGACGAAACUCAUUCAACAGCAUCUCUCUAGAGCCCAGAACAGAAUGAAAAUGCAAGCUGAUAAAAAGAGGAUAGAGAGGUCUUUUGCUGUGGGGGAUUAUGUCUACCUCAAAAUUCAACCAUAUGUUCAAUCCUCUGUUGCCACUAGAUCCAACCAUAAACUGUCAUUCAGGUACCUGAAGCCAUUCUACAUCGCCGUUCCCAACGAUGUGGCUCUCGUGUCUUUUCGCAGAUCCUUGUUCGAUGGACCGGCUGGCCGGACUCAAUGGCGACUUGGGAGGAUGAACACCGUCUGCGACACGAGUUUCCAGCAGCUCCGGCUUGGGGUCAAGCCGGCACUCAAGGAAGGGGGAUUGUCAGAGUUGCACACUCUGGUCCGCAAGACAGCAGCAGAGAGACGACUGAAGCUGAAGAAGGCGCGCCUAAAGAGCAAAGUGUCUGCACGCCUGAUGAAGAGCAGCGUACCCCUUGGGCAAUCACGACCAAGCAACAGCGGCCCAGCAGGACCUUGA